UUUUUAGAGAAAUUUAAGUAAAAUGUCUGAUUUGAAUGGCUCCUUAUCUCCCGAUGACACCAACGUAGUUGGUAUACCAUAGUUGUUGAGGAGCGCAAACAUGUCUACUACAAAGCAAAAUAUUGUGAAGCUCUUCGACAGGCCAAAAGAAUUGGUAAUCCAACCCAAAGGACGAGACAACACCGUAUUCGACGUACCACCUGGUUACAUUCCAGAUGAAUAUAAAAAUGUUGGAACCCAAAUCGUAAACAGAUUUAGCGGAGAAGCUGACGGCAAAGUCCCAGUCAGUACCAUUUCCAUUCCUCCUCUCGGAGACAUUUUGGAAUUGCGAAGGGAUGAGAAUUUCUCCUUGUUCAUUCCUAAGCAUCGUAAAAUUGCUGGAAAACUCAUUAACAUCUAUCUUGGUAUGCGUACAGUGGAUGAUCUACUAUCAGUUGCUGUUUACACCAGAGACAGAGUAAAUCCUUACCUCUUCAAUUAUUGUCUUUCUGUUGCUCUUUUACACAGACCUGAUACGCAGGAUGUUGAUUUACCGUCCUUUAUUAGCGCCUUUCCUGACAAAUACGUUGACAGCAAAGUAUUCGCUAAGGCCCGAGAGGAAGCUAACAUUGUACCAGUUGGUUCCAGAACACCCAUUGAAAUUGCCAAAGAUUAUACAGCAUCGGACUUAGAACCAGAACAUCGCCUUGCUUACUUCAGGGAGGACUUGGGUAUCAAUCUUCACCAUUGGCACUGGCAUUUGGUUUAUCCCUUUGAAGCAGCUAUGGAAGUUGUCAACAAAAAUAGAAGAGGAGAACUUUUCUACUACAUGCAUCAACAAAUCGUUGCCAGAUACAACUUUGAACGACUUUCUCACGGAAUGAAACGAGUUGAACGUUUUAUUGACUGGAGACAGCCCAUCGCAGAAGCCUAUUUCCCAAAACUAGACAGCUUGGUAGCCAGCAGAUCAUGGCCCGCACGUGUAGCCAAUCAAAAACUUAGUAAUCUCAGAAGAGAAGUUGACCAAAUUACUACUGAUAUCGAUGAUAUGGAAAGAUGGAGGGACAGGAUCUUCAACGCCAUCAGUUCUGGUGUAGCGAGAAAUGAACAAGGACAAGAUGUCCCUCUUACUGAACGGGAUGGUAUUGAUAUCUUAGGAAACAUAAUUGAAUCCAGUAUUUUGUCCCCUAAUAGAGGUUUUUACGGAGACUUGCACAAUAUGGGACACGUGUUCAUAUCAUAUAUUCACGAUCCUGAUCACAGGCAUUUGGAAUCUUUUGGUGUAAUGGGAGAUUCUGCCACAGCUAUGCGUGAUCCAAUUUUCUAUAGAUGGCAUGCGUACAUUGAUGACAUUUUCCAACAGUACAAGUCAGGACUGCCAAGAUAUACCGAAGCUCAGCUGGACUACCCAGGAGUAACCGUACAAGGUAUUGCUGUAGAAUCAGGUCAAUCUCGUAAUACUUUCAACACCUUCUGGCAACAAUCUGACAUCGAUCUCUCCAGAGGAAUGGACUUUCAACCUCGCGGUAGCGUUUUCGCUAGGUUCACUCACUUGAAUCAUCAACCUUUCAAUUACCGGGUCACUGUCAAUAACACCGGUGCCGCAAGACAAGGAACCUGCAGGAUAUUCAUGGCACCUAAGUUCGAUGAAAGGGGCAACCCAUGGUUGUUCAGAGACCAGAAACUGUUAAUGGUAGAGCUUGACAGAUUCAGAGUAAACUUGAGACAAGGACAGAAUACAAUUACGCGUGCUUCAACUGACUCUUCAGUAACCAUUCCAUUCGAAAGGACAUUCCGUGAUUUAGACACUUCCAGGCCACAAGGAGGUGAUGCUCUUGCUGCAUUCAACUUCUGUGGUUGUGGUUGGCCACAGCACAUGCUCAUCCCCAGGGGUAACACGGACAAUCCUGGAUUCAGAGCUGAACUAUUCGUCAUGAUUUCUAACUUUGAUGACGACAGAGUUGACCAAGAUAUUUCCGGUAUUUGUAACGAUGCUGAUACUUUCUGUGGUAUCAAGGAUAGAUUGUAUCCAGAUCGUCGUUCCAUGGGAUACCCAUUCGACAGACAAGCUAGGACUGGAGUUGACACCUUGAGACAGUUCCUUACCCCCAACAUGAGAGUUCAAGAUGUUGUUAUUAAGUUCUCAAACAAAACUUUCAGACCAAGACAAAAUAAUUAGAACGAUUAAGCCGACAUUGUUUUAAUGGAUUACUUUUCUGGAAUGUUUUAUGUAUUUACAGUUUACAUUUUAUUACCAUUUAUUUAGACGA